AUGAAAUUACUGUAUGUGCGCGGUAUUAUCAGAAACAUGUCCACUACUACAGACAAAAUGUUCAGGGUCUCGGGACGCUUUGGUGGAAAUCGCGAUGGGGAGGAGAAGGGAGAGGCAGGGAAGACGUCGAUGCUUGCCUGGGCUGCAGGGGGCAUCCUCAACCGCACGAGCAAAAUCCACCCAAUGCCCGUCCUCCUCUCACACACGCCAUAGCGAAGAGAAGAGAAAGAGAGAGAGGAGUUCUGGUCUUCCCUCUGCUUCCAUAUCCAUCAGGUCUCAGCCACUCAAGUCAGGUGGGAGGAAAUCACAAGAGGCUGUGCGCGCUGUUGCUGCUCCUCCUCGGUCUUCGCGUGGUUUUGCGGGGAUUUGACCGUGCCGACGCGAGACGGAUGUGCCGACAAAAGCGCCUGCCCCGAAGUUGGAUACCGUAAACUGAGCGAAGGGUUUACUCCUACCUAGUACCUUAAAGAGGAGCGCGACACGAGAACGCGAGCCCCGUGUUUUGCUGCGUUCGGAGCACCAUGAAGCUCCCGUGCUGGAUGGCGCUUGCGCUGCUGCUGCUGGCGCAGACUGCACUGGCACAGAGUCGCAUAUCUCGACCAAGCGAUGAUGAGAGUUCUGGAGAUGAAUUUUACGACGAUGAGGACUUAUUCUCUGGAUCCGGCUCUGGCUUUCCAGAUAUGGAUGUUAGUCCAACUGCAGCAGGUGUGGCUGUCACUACAGAAGAGACCCUCCCACUUUCUACCACACAGGCCACUGGCCCCGCCCCCUCAGCCUCCCCCGCCGCAGAGCCGAGUAGCCCACCUCCACCUGAGGUAGAACGUGAGAGUGGCUUGGGACAAGAUGUAGACGGAGACAGCAAAUUGGAGAUGGAGAUUGAGAAAAAGUGGGAGGAGCUUGAGGAAGAGGAAAUGAGACAGUCGAAGGAACAGGAUAGAGAACAGGAAUCUGAGAUCGUAAUAAGGUUGGAUGCUGAUAAAGUGCAAGACGGAGAGGAGGAACAAGAGAGGUCCAAAGCUACGGUUGCCCCCCGGCUGACUGAUGUUCCUGUAGUGUUCGUGGACUCAUCCACCACACUGAGUGAGACUACAGUGGCCACUAGUGACCCGGAGGACCUCGCCACCACAGAAGAAGAGGAGGAUCUAUACAUUACUACAGAAACCAUCAUGUUAGAGCCAUCUAGCACACCGGAGACAACAGCAGAUGACAUCACAACCACUGAGGUCAUCCCCACCACCGUUGAGUCCACCACUGCUAAGCCAACCAGACCACGUCCUGCCCCGACCACUCCGAGCACUGCCCCCGUGCACCCCCGGAAACCACACACUACCCCCAGUAGAGCCGCCCCCACUGAGAGCAGCACUCGUUCAGUGAUGAGCACAACACAGACACAAGCACCAGAUGAAACUGUAAAUAAUGAAGUUGCAGGACCAAAUCCAAGUGGUGAUUUUGAAAUCCGCGAGAAUGAAGGUCGCCAAGGCAACGAGAUCGGGAGAGGCAAAGGGGCGACUGGCGUGGCAGGAGAACCAGAUCUGACUGGUAACACAGUAGAUGCUGCUGGAAGCUCAGCCGCUCAACUUCCACAGAAGAACAUCCUUGAGAGGAAGGAAGUUUUGAUAGCGGUGAUUGUCGGAGGUGUAGUCGGAGCACUCUUUGCAGCAUUCCUCGUAAUGUUACUCGUCUACCGGAUGAAAAAGAAAGAUGAAGGCAGCUACACAUUGGAGGAGCCUAAACAAGCCACCGUCACCUACCAGAAACCGGACAAGCAGGAAGAAUUCUACGCCUAACAUUCAUACGUACAACCUCCUUCAUCUCUCCAACCUUGUCCCGUCUCUAUCUGACCCCCUCCUCCUUUCUUUUCAUAUCACCCCUUUUCCUUAGAUCCCUUUCUUCCCGCGUUUCCCCAUGAGAGUGCCUCUCAUUCCAUGGACUUGGAACUUUCUUUUCCAAAA